GUUUAUUCAGUGUAACACCCGUUUCCGGCUCGGUCCGAUCGACACGUCAUUUUGAUGCAGCGUCAGAUUAUUGGUCGCCGAACGUCGAAUUCAGAAUAAAAAAAUAAUACUUCAGACAUUUUUUGUUCGUUUUGGACCUUUGUGUUCCACACCAGCGCCAUGUCUAAUUCGGUGAUUUCCGUCAUAUCACGGUUUUUGGAGGAGUACAGGAGCACUACGCCGAAUAAAUUGAAAGUCGUGGAUGCCUAUCUGCUCUACAUUAUGCUGACCGGAGCGCUGCAGUUCCUUUACUGCCUGCUCGUAGGCACCUUCCCCUUCAACAGCUUUCUGUCUGGCUUCAUAUCGUGUGUCGGCGCCUUCAUCCUGGGAGUUUGCCUGCGGAUCCAGAUCAACCCUCAGAACAAAGGAGAGUUCCUGUCCAUCUCCCCAGAGAGGGCCUUUGCAGACUUCUUAUUCGCCCACACCGUGCUCCACCUGGUUGUCAUUAAUUUCAUUGGUUGAAAGACCGCUAUGUCCCUCCCCGCCUUCAUGCGCCUCCUGACCAUAUAAACGAGUUGAAAUUUUGACCAAAUUGCUGGACACACCCACACAGCCAACCCAACAGAACAGAACAGAACAGACUGCAAUUCUACUUCCGGAACACAGCACCCCCCACCUUUUUGAGGCAGAGUGGUGGAACUGCAGCUCAACCUGUGCUGCAGUCGUCUCCCUGAAAUAUAUUAUUGUUCUGUACUUAUCUGCCGAUAAUUAACUUUUACUUGGGUUACAUGAUGAAUCAGUCAGUUUUUGUAAUUUUCCCGUUCUUUGUCUCAUUCCCAUUUGACUUCAGAAUGUUGGAAUAAAAAUGGCCUGAUU